AUGGAAGCUUCACAAAGUGCCUUAACUCCUCCAACUCAAGUUAAAAAAUACAAAAUUGUCUUUCUUGGCGACAUGGGCGUAGGUAAAACCUCAAUCAUCAACCAGUUCAUGCAUGGCACUUUUAACAACUCUCAUCAGCCUACAAUUGGAAUAGAUUGUCUAUCAAAAACAAUGCAAUUAGAAGAUCGUUCAUUUCGAUUACAAGUUUGGGACACUGCUGGCCAAGAACGUUUUCGAACGUUGAUAAGAAAUUACAUACGAGAUUGUUCAGUUGCCAUUAUUGCUUAUGAUAUCACUCAAAACCCAACAUUUUUAGGAAUCGACAAAUGGGUUGAAGAUGUAAAAAAUGAAAGAGGCGGAGACGUGGUUAUCAUGAUUUGUGGAAAUAAAAUUGACUUGAAUUCUCAAAGAACCGUAACUUCUGAAGAAGGGCAAGCAAAAGCAAAUAGUUUGAAUGUUCUUUUUGUGGAGGUAAGCGCGAAAACUGGAGCUAAUAUCAAAACGCUGUUUGAGAAUGUUGCAAGAGCUCUUCCAGGUCUGAAUAAUGCUCCUACGCAAAGCCAAGCAGAUCAAACGCCAGGAUUAGGAUUAUUAAAGUCAGGCGCUAGUCAUAUUGGUGACGCAGCUACAAAAGACCUCCCGUACGUGGAGGUUCUACCGCUUUUCGGCUCCAGCCCAGAGGAUCUAUCCAUCUUGCGAGCGCCCUUCCGGUACCUUCUGCCUCCUCCUUGCCUUGAGGCUUCAGUCUUGAGUGGGCCGGCUUAUGGAUUUCUGCGGUCCUGCCACGGGCGAUUGGAGUAGCUUGAUUCCAAGGAUCCUUGGAACCUAUUGGGUGUCGAAGUGCUUUUCUUUGAUAGCUACAGGAAAAAGACUGUUCCCCUGUAGCCUGGGACGAAACCCCCAGUUUCUCGGAAGAGGAUUCCCAUGGGUGCUCGGAUCCAAAGGACGCUGUUGAGCACCUACAAGGAAGCAUCCAAAGCCUACCCGGAUACACACCUCUUGAGCCUGCAUUUGAUUCUAGGCUCGGAAUCCGUCCAGUUCGCCGCAGCCAUAAGGUCUGGACUGCUGCCCAAGAGGGCAGGUCGACACGUGCCGCCAUUUUAAUGUAUAUAGAUCAAGUGCCAGGACAAAUAAAAUUGACACCUGGAGCUCAAAGUAAGCCCUCAAAGGGCGGCUGCAAGUGCUAG